GUGGGGUUGGUGUCAGCUCCUGCAAACAACAAUAACAAGUAUCUUCAGCCUUUGGAGUAAGCAAUUUUCAUUGGAAAACGAAGAUGUCGGGCGAGGCCAGCAUCGGGCUGGACCUGGGCGCAGGCAAGUGCUGUGUUGCCAGCGUGCGCGCUGGAGCGGUGACGGUGUUGCCAAACGCUCACGGCGACAAGACCACUCCGAGUUUUGUUGCCUUCACCGACUCCCGCAGCCUCGUGGGCAGCGAUGCCAGGGACCAGGCGGCGCUCAAUCCAGAGAACACUUUUUAUGGCGUCAAGACCGUCCUUGGCCGAAACUUCAGCAGGACUAUGAAAGGAGAGCCGUGUCAUUCAAAUGGUACAACAAUUCCUAACCAAACUUCAAAACUAAUACGCCCUUUGGAUGAAGAGGACCUAACUGUACUUCCAUACCUUCCCGCAUUCUCCACAACCGAGGACGACUCACUAAUCUUCAAAGUUGAGUACAGGAAAGAGAACGUGAAGCUGCGCCCUGAACAAAUAACGGCUUUGCUAAUCGCUAAGAUGAAGUCUGAAGCAGAAAGUCACUUGGGCAGCGAGGUCACAAACGCAGUGAUUUCUGUUCCAGUAAAUUUCAGCAACGCGCAGCGACAAGCCACUCUUGAUGCGGCCCGCAUCGCUGGCCUUAAGAAUGUCACGCUGAUCAACUCGACCACCGCCGUCGCCAUCGCUUACUGGGAUUAUCACCCCAAAGAAGAUGAUUGCGUUGCUGUAGUAGAUUUCGGUGCCAGUUCUCUGAGCCUUGCAGUGGUGUCCAUUGAUCAGAAUGCGGUAAAAGUUAAGGAAGCUUUUGGGUGCUCCACUGUCAGUGGGAACUUCUUUGACUUGUGCAUGAUGAAAGCCGUCAUCAAUAAGUUUGAAGAUGAACACAUGUACACUUUCACAGAGUCGGCUAAACAUUUAAUGAGGUUUAGGGCCGCCACUGAGAAAUUGAAACACGAUCUGACUCUCCUUCCUUCUUCUGUGAUACAAGCAGACACAAUAUUUAACGAUGUCGACUUCACGUGUCUAAUUACUAGGCAGGAAAUGGAAGAUGUGUGUCUGAAGCAGCUUGGAAAUCUCAGGGGUGCAUUGGAUCGAUUGGCCAACAAUAAUGAUUGGGCUAAAGUCCGAACAGUUGUGAUGGUGGGAGGUUCAACGCGUAUCCCUGCUGUUGAAAAGUUGAUUGCCAAAACAUUAAGAAAACCUCUGGAUCACUCGCUUAACAAAGACGAGGCGGUUGCCUGUGGCGCUGCCCUCCGAGCUGCCGAGCUGGGCUGCUCAACGCCACGCGAGGUGGAGGAGGUGUUGCCCAGACGCGUCUGGUACAAGGCAGGUUCGGAAUCGGGAACUAUAAUUGAUUUUGAUGCACCCAUUCCAGGUAAUUUCAAUUUUGCAAUUCCUGUCGAUAUCUGGAAGAAAUUAAAUGAUUCUGGGUUGACCUUGUAUGAGAAUGUACGAGUGUUUAUGGGAAACGGGAUUGAUACCUCAGAACUGACAAUAACUCGGUUAAGACCUCCUGGUUUUCCAGCGUCAUCGGGCACACUUCUAUUUACGAUUGAUGAAAGCGGAGUCUUCCAAAUUACACUACUUUCGAGUGAAGAUAAAUGGAAUAUUCAGACUCGGGGGCUAUCAUCUGAUGCACAUAAAAUGAAAGCUUGCAAGGCUCGUCACAAAAUGUUUCUAGACGACGAAAGGAGAUGGAAAGAAAAUGAAAACGUCAUAAACGAAAUUGGAACUCUCUGCCUCGAUUUACGGGAAAAGUUUAGACAGGAAUUCGGCCAGGAAUCUGCUGCAUUCAAGGCAUGUGAUGAAUUCUUACGUUGGCUUGAAAAUGAACCAAAGGCCACUAAGCAAGAGUGCAACCAGAAGAAAUUAGAAUUGGACAGGCAAGUAAGUGAGAAGGUAAUGACACCUGUGCACACUAAUGGCGAGGCGCUCUCACCACAGACUGCUGUCGGACAACGUCAACAUAAACAGUCAGAUACAUUUUCUGGAGACGCACAGAAGGAGCGGUCAUCCUAUCCUAAGGAGACAUCGUGGUGGUCGCAAUGUUGCUGCUGUUCCUAGAAAUAUUCUGACAUAACGGGCUCCCCUCCACUCAAAUGAACUACGCUUAACUCAAAAGCCCACUUAGAGUCAUAGAUCGUCCAGGACUACUCAAUUCAAAAUCAUGGAUCGUAGAAGAUCCGCUCAUCGACAUCAAUGCUAGUGUGCUGUGACACGUGCUGUGGAAAUUUUUCUCACUGGGCGAGUAAUUAAGAAUAAGCGCUUUACUCGAUUCACAACAGCCCUAUUUACGGGCAUGUACACUGAGAUAAAUGCGAGGGCCUUGUCCAAAUAGCCUCAUUUUCUCUUAUGUGUGGGUCAAUCUGACUCAGUUUGGCCUGUAUCCGUGUUACGUCCGCUCACUGCUUGUGCUUACAAUAUAGUUAGAAAGUGUGUCAAUAUUUGGACACAAUGACCCAUACGUCUACUGAGUGUACUCGGUAAUGUUGACAUGAGAACAUGUAUUGGGAAAACUUCCCCCCACAUCGUCAUUCUUGAUAUAUUUUAUAAAUACAGCGCAUGCAUGCAACAAAUAUUUUUUAUCAGUGCCCUUGAGCUGACGCAGAAAUAAAACUGGAGGAAUUUUCAGCACCUAAUUCUGGUACGGGCGUCAGAUGAGGCCUGGCGAGCUGCUGCGUCGUCCGCAUUUCAUUCAUGCUUCAUUAUUUUUUAAGUGUAGAUUCAAUAAAAUGUAAGGGUGGAAACUAAAAACCUCUUUUCCUUCAAUGCAUACAAUAUUUUCGUGAAAUGGUCGAGUUCAACACAGUGCUCGAUAUUAUGAUAAACCAAGUUUUUCUUCUUUAGGUAACAUUUGCUGGUACGAGUUUCAGUUCUGAUUUUAUUAAAUGCUGUAUCUUGAUAUAUUAUAAAAUGUUGUGUGAGUUUUUUUUUCA